AUGGGGGCCUCAAGCGUAGCCUGCCACCUUCUCUCCUCCAACACCAUGGCCCCCACUGUGAUGGCUUCCUCGGCAACCUCCGUCGCACCCUUCCAGGGUCUCAAGUCGACCGCCGGCCUGCCCAUCAGCCGCCGCUCCAGCAGCGCCGGCCUCAGCAGCGUCAGCAACGGCGGAAGGAUCAGGUGCAUGCAGGUGUGGCCGAUUGAGGGCAUCAAGAAGUUCGAGACCCUGUCUUACCUGCCACCCCUCUCCACGGAGGCCCUCCUGAAGCAGGUCGACUACUUGAUCCGCUCCAAGUGGGUGCCCUGCCUCGAGUUCAGCAAGGUUGGUUUCGUCUUCCGUGAGCACAAUAGCUCCCCCGGAUACUAUGACGGUCGAUACUGGACAAUGUGGAAGCUGCCUAUGUUCGGGUGCACCGACGCCACACAGGUGCUCAACGAGGUGGAGGAGGUCAAGAAGGAGUACCCUGACGCCUAUGUCCGCGUCAUCGGCUUCGACAACCUGCGCCAGGUGCAGUGCGUCAGCUUCAUCGCCUUCAGGCCACCGGGUUGCGAGGAGUCUGGCAAGGCCUAAACUACGAGUUGAAACAAUGGCCUAUGUAUGAAGGUCUUUUGUGAACGUCACUUUUGUCCACGACUCUGCUGGACGACCAGAGCAUAUUUUUCAUUCUAUAUGGUCUGUGUAUGUAUGUACGAACAUAGGUUCUCGAGCAUGCAUAUGUAAAUUCUAGAACCGGCUACACAUAUACAAAACCUGUGUGAUAUUUAUUAUAUACAACACGCGGACCAUUGUCUUGCUGUUAUUAAUUCAUGAAAAAGGUUCUUUAUUUGGCACUGCAA